AUGGAUUCGCCAAAUUCUCCGAAUCCAUACGACAAUAUGAGUCUAGAGGAUAUCAUAAUUGUAGAGUGUACUGAUGAUCAUGAUGAUCAAUAUUUCAAAGCGCUCAUGGAUGGGGGUAUCUCAACAAGACAAGGAAGAAAGAGAGCCCACAUUGAUAGGGGUCAUGUAGAAGGACACCAACGUUUGUUCGAUGACUACUUUUCUGAUGAACCGGUGUAUACAAAAUAUCAAUUUCGAAGAAGAUUUAGAAUGCGUAGACAUGUAUUCCUACGUAUAGUGCAAGCUCUAGAAAAUCAUUCAGAGUAUUUCCAUACGAGGUUUGAUGCAGUCGGUAGAAGGGGGCUUUCGCCAUUACAGAAGUGCACUGCUGCUAUGCGAAUGUUGGCAUAUGGAGCGCCUGGCGAUUAUGUUGAUGAGUAUGUUCGAAUUGGUGAAACUACCGCUAUUGAAUGUCUAGUCAAUUUCGUUCGAGGAGUGAAUGAUAUUUUUGAGACCGAAUAUUUAAGACGGCCCAAUGCUGGGGACAUUCGUCGCUUACUUCAAAUGGGGGAGGUGCAUGGUUUUCCAGGAUCCAAUAAUGAUCUCAACGUGUUAAAUCAAUCCCCAAUAUUCACUGAUAUCUUACAAGGGCAAGCUCCGAGAGUUGAGUUUACGAUAAAUGGCACACAAUACAACAAUGGGUAUUAUCUAGCAGAUGGUAUCUAUCCUGAGUGGGGUACAUUUGUUAAAACUAUCCCACUGCCUCAAGGAGAGAAAAGAAAAUUAUUUGCCCGAUGCCAAGAAGCGGUACGCAAAGAUGUUGAGCGAGCAUUCGGAGUACUUCAAUCUCGUUUUGCUAUUGUACGAGGACCAGCACGUUUUUGGCAAAGAGAUGUUCUCAAAGAUAUUAUGUAUGCAUGCAUCAUAUUGCGCAACAUUAUUGUCGAGGAUGAAAGAGAUGCAUAUGAGAGUUUGUUUGAUUUUAAUUAUGAUGACGACCCCGCCAACACCCUAAUGGUUGAAGUAUUGCAUGGACCUAUUUCUGACUUCCCGACAAUGCUUCAAAUAAAUGCUGAAAUUCGUGAUAGAAACAUUCAUCGCAAUCUUCAAGCGGACUUGGUAGAGCACAUAUGGAAGAAGUCUCAAGUCAUUUUAUCGGUAGAUGGUAAGUUCUUCCAAGAACCUCUUAAAGAAAACUCCUCUGCAAAGACAAUUCUUCUCGAAGAAGGCCCUUUGCAAAGGAUAUUGUUAGAACCAUCUCAUGAAAGCAAGAACCCUAAUAGAGUGCAAUCUCACGAGGAACAUUGCGCCAAGUCAGAGAAAUGGUUACAAAAGAAAGUUGUUGUGGUUUCUAGUGUCCCCGACAUGUAG